GACGGUUGGAAUGGAAUGCCCUUUCAAGAGAUCUGGCAUUUGCAGCCAGUGAACACCUUGAUUGGUGGAAAUCAACGAGAACUUGCCCGCCAGAAAAACAUGAAGAAAUCCCAGGAAAUUAGCAAGGGAAAAAGAAAAGAUGAUAACUUGACUGCCUCUCAGAGAAAACAGAGAGACUCUGAGAUCAUGCAACAAAAGCAGAAAGCAGCUAAUGAGAAGAAAUCUAUGCAGACAAGAGAAAAAUGAUGACUGACAAUUUGGAAAACCUGGGUACUACUGCCAACUAGGUGUAUUAUAAGCUCUAUGACCAAGAUUUUGUAGAGUGAACAGUCAUUACAUGUUACAACAUACCUUUAUAAAAACUAUUUUAAACUUUACCUUUCAGUCUGACUUAGUGUAAUGUUACAGAACCUUUCUUCAAAGAAUAAAACACUAACCAUGCAUGUGA